AUGGCUCGCCUGUGGGUCUUCGCAGCCUUGUGCAGUCUUUUGGCCCCAUCUACACUAUAUGUCACAGCGUCCUUUGGGGAUCUAUUACACGGCAGUACCAAUUCGGAGUGUCCCGCUUGUCCGUGUUUCACAUGCGAUGAUAGGGAUGAACUAUGCUCGCACAGCGGAAAAUGCUCAGAGAAUGGCGCCUG